AUGUCUUCAACCGAGGAGAAGAAAAUGCCCGUUUCUGGCGAGGACGCCAUCCACCCUGUGACAAGCAACCAAGUUGCACACGGUGAUGACAACGUCAAGCACGCCCAGUCCAAGGAGGCUGACCAGGCAGCAAAGUUCCUUGCGUCUGUCGGGCCAUUCCCUCCAAUGACGCCAGAGCAGGAAAAAGCCAUCGUCCGCAAGAUUGACCGAUGGAUGAUUCCUUUGUUGCUGUUCAUGGGACUUUUCGCCGCCGUGGACAAGGUUCAACUUGCAACCGGGGCUCUCUACGGCUUCAAAGAGGAUAACAACCUCCACGGUCAGGACUACAGCUGGCUUGGGAGCAUCCUCUCACUUGGUAUGCUUGUCGGUAUCUGGCCUUCGACUUAUCUUAUACAUCGAUUCCCAGCCGGGAAAUAUCUUAGCGCAUGCUCCAUGUGCUGGUCUCUCAUGACCUUGUGCAUCGCCGCUUGCCACAAUUGGGCCGGGCUCAUGGUCUUGCGGUUUCUCAUGGGCGUUUUCGAAGCCAUUAUAAGCCCUGGUGCCACACUUCUCAUCUCAGUAUUUUGGAAGAAGUCUGAGCAGCCCAUCCGCAAUGGGAUCAUCAUGACUGUCUUUAGCUCCGUCGUGAAUGGCUUCCUGUCAUGGGUCAUUGGCAAGAUUCCAGCUGACGCCCCGCUCGCCCGCUGGCAGUAUCUCUACCUUCUCACCGGUAGUAUGAAUGUUCUCUACUCCAUCUUCAUGAUCUUCUACCUACCAGACUCACCCAUCAACGCUCACUUCCUCACAGUUGAAGAGAGAUGGCACGCGGUCCAGCGCCUCGCGGAAAACCGAACCGGCAUUGACAACAGCCAGUGGAAGUGGGACCAAGCUCGGGAGGCUGUUCUCGAUGUCAAGAUAUGGAUAAUGUUCUUCUUCAACAUCGCUGUCAAUGUCCCAAAUGGGGGUCUCAUCACUUUCGGUGCGCUCAUCAUUAACAAUCUCGGGUUUGAUGCUCAAACGUCAGCUCUCUUGUCCAUGCCGAAUGGUGUCAUCUCCUCUGCUUCAGGCUUCCUAGCCUCUUACUUGGCUGCAAAAUGGCAAGGCCGUCGCACAUUCGUCGUCAUGCUUGCCACUCUCGUCCCUCUAUUCGGCACCGCUCUGGUGUAUGCCCUCCCAAGGUCGUCGACUGGGGGCCAGAUGUUUGGUUUAUACUUGAUGUACUGCUAUUGGGCACCAUAUGUUACGGCCAUCUCGCUGCCACAGGCCAACACCGCGGGUAGCACGAAGAAGGUGGUCACGUACGGUAUUCUUCUCUUGGGAUAUGGAACGGGUAACCUGAUUGGGCCCCAGACAUUCCGUGAGACGCAGGCUCCUGCAUACACUGGCGGAACCAUUGCGAUGCUGUCUUGUUACUGCACAGCGAUUUUGCUGAUGGGUCUCUACUUCAUAGUUGCGAGGCUCGAAAACCAUCGCAAGGACAAGAAGUACGGAAAGGCCCAUCAGGUCGAAAAGGAAAACGUGGAUGCUCUUAUGGAAGUUUACCAGGAUUUGUCUGACAAGAAGCAGGAGGAUUUCAGGUACACACACUAA